AUGUAUGCUGUGGUCUGUUUGGUUCUUUGGCUUGGAAUAUUUUCUGGUAUCGAGUCGUCUUUAUUGUCAAAUGGAACAGUAUUUACAGGCGAGAUAAUAAAGAUAGGCGAAGAUAGAACGGUAUUAGUGCAAGUUAUAAAGACGUUGCUAAUUCAGGAGAAUGUGAAGGUUCCUUCAACCGUGACUCUACAAAAUUUUGAGCAAGACGAGUCGUCGAAAGGGGCAAAAGGAGUUUACAUAUUUUAUGUGUUGCCAUUGGACAAAGAUGUGUUCGAAGUUCUUCACUAUUGGAGUGUGAAGCAAGAGGAUUUUAGUGAUGUCGAGUCGAGUAGUUUGGAAGGUAGGGUUGAUUUUUAUUGGUGGGGAAGUGCUAUGACAAUGCAGCCCUAUCUAUAGGGGUUCUUGUGGGUUUGGCAAGCUACCCCUCCUCAAAUUUAAUUGAUGGCUAGCCAAUAUUUGGAAUAUAAAAUAUCUUGGGCUGUGAGUUAUCAUAAUUAUCACUUGUGUUCCAGUUCACGCCAAAAUAGAUCAUUUGGCAUUGGGCAGAUUAAAUUACCCGGGCCUCUUUUAAACUAAAGUGUCUUAAGGGUUUUAAGAGGUAUAAGUUUUAGAUGCUCAUAAACCCUUUCUUAUCUCAGCAUUUCCGCCGACACGUUAAAUAUAACCUUCGUCGUCUUAUACAGAUUAAAACACUGAAGUCGGCAUUAGUCGAUGUCCUAAAAAAUAGAGUAUAGUUUCGCUUGACUCCGAAAGUUGCCACUAAGUUACUGUAUAGCAUAUUACAUUUAUUUGAUGUAAAUAAAAUUCUUAGGAAUACUAAUGACAGUAAUAUACUAUUUUAUACUUUUUCAUCAUUCAAUUUAUUGUAAAUCGUUUCUGUUUGUGAAUAAUCCGUCUUCUUUUCAUAAGGGGCGCGUUACAAUAAAAGUCCAACAGGAUUUCCAAAAGUCCCAAGUCCACUAUUAUUGUAAUAUUUUUUACUACUACUUACUAGUAAAUAUUCUGUGGGAAAAUUAAUAAAUCUAAAGAAUGCAGAGCAGCAAUAUAACACACGAUACACUGUAAAUUUCAAAGAGCUGAUUCAACUCCAAAAGUGUUAUACUCCAAGAGUUGAUUCAACUCUUUGAAAUUUGUAUAGGUAAUAGUAUGGUUUCGAGUGCAAUUUGGAAAAAAAAACAUGUACGAGUGAGUUUUUCGAAGACUUUCAAAAGAGCAUUAAUAAUUCAUGAGGAAAACACAAAGAAGAAUCAUAAGCGUCUCGUAUCUUUAUAUGUGAUAGAGACAUGAGACUUCCCUUUAUUUACAUAAUAAACUUUAACUUACACAAUGUAUUUUUGGAAAAUUACUUCGCCAAUUAUGAACUUACUCGGCUUCGCCUCGUAUCUUUAUAUUUGAUAAAACACUACUGCUCAUGUUUUAAAUAGUACUUCAACAUUCGGACGAACUGCAAUUUGAAGUCUUUGAAAAACUCACGAGUGUAUGUCGUUUUUUUCAAAUUGCACGGGAAACCAUACUAUUUACUGUUAAUACUGUAUUUCGAAAAUAUUGCACUGCUCUUAGCCAAUCAGAAUUGAGAUAUUUUUCAUGUAUAUUAUUAAUAGUGCAAUGCUUAGUAAAAACCCAACACUGUUAUUUCUCAUCUUUUCUCUUCAGAGAUCCAGCAACAUUCCCAUCACCGCUUGCGACGUUCAGUAGACAUAUGCAGUAGUACACUGCAAUGUAAAUACGGCGGGAAAUGCGGGUUACUAUCAACUGGUAAAGCUACAUGUUUCUGUCCAAUCAAAUGCAGCAAGAAGGACAACAACCCAGUGUGUGGCAAGGAUCGAGUGACAUAUCCCAACCUCUGUACUGUACAGCGAUAUUCCUGCAUACGACAGCGUCCGAUAGAAGUUCAAUAUUAUGGACCUUGCAGUAAGUCGUGUUGAUUUCUAGGUAAAAAGAGUGGAUUUGUGGGAGGAAAUUGGAAUUAAGUGCACGACUGAAAGUCUCGUCCAUUUCCGAAAUUAGGAAUUUUAAAUGAUAUACAGGGGUCCUACAAAACUUGAUCAUGAAAGUCCUAAUUGAAUGUCCUUGAAUUUGAAAACAAAAAUUCAAGGCUUUGAAUGUUCUUGAAUUAGUAAAGUAGUACUUGAAAGUCUUUAAAUUCUUCUUGCUUUAGUUUUUGGAUAUUUUCUGAAAUUGUUUGACAUUCAAAACGUAUAUUUUGUCGAAUGAUUUGCAUGUUCAUAUCUGCCAAAGCUGUUUGAAACUCAUUAAAUUAAGUUGCGUUUUGAAAAAUUCAACGUCAGAUUUUACUGAUUUCUAACCCCUUUUCAACAGUAUUUAAUCCUUGAAUUUACUGAUACAUGGCCUUGAAUGUCCUUGAAAAGUCCUUGAAUUUGACUCUUCCCUCACAUGUACGAACCCUGGAUAUUUUAGAUUCCCAAUUUCCCAUCAGUUCGCAGUUACGACUGCACAGCAAAAUGUCCCUGUAUUAAAGUCUUGUGACUAUCAGACUAUGCACAAAUGCAUGGUAAAUUAUAAAAGUAUCCAUUAAGAGUGUUUUUUUUUAUUUUGCUUUACGUGCAAGCUAAACUAUGCUACAUACAAUCAACUUUCGUUAUAUAACGGAAACCCAUGCAGUUCACUGCAUCAGUUCACUGCAUCGGUGACCACUAUAGGCGAAAUUUUGCGCGUGGAGCGGAAUUUUUCUUCGUCUUUUCUAAUUAGUCCGCUCAAAUAACCGGACAAAGAUUAAUGUUCUCUCACAGCGGGGCAAAAUUGUAUAAUGAUCUGCCUCGCGAUAUUAAGAAAAUUACGAACACAAAGAUUUUUAAGAAAAGACUACGAAGUGACCUCAUGCAUUAACUAUAUGUAUAGUAUUUAUUUGUUUGUAUAGCGGAAGAGCGCUUUUUAUAGGUAGCUAAAAUAAAGUUUCUAUGUCUCUGGCCAUUUUAAUGAGAGUAUAUAGAACAAUAAAAAUGUUUAUUUGGGAUCACAUGAUGAAGUGAUGAUAUAACAGCAGAGUUUAUUUAGAGCGUAUACUUUUCUAUUUUCUUCCCAGUGGUGUCCAGUUGCAAAGAAGCACUUCAGGAAGAACUCGGAAAUAAAGAUGGCGAAUACUCGAUGCUCCUCAAUCCAAAAUGUCAACGACCAAUUAAAGUAUACUGUAGCGACAUGCACACUUCCCAACCAAAGGAAUAUCUUACCCUAGCCCAAGGCUCGGACAACCACGCACGUAUAUACGACCGCCGUCUCCCUCCUUCUAUACGCAACCAGUGUGGGGGACUAAACCCCGGGAAUGUCCCUUAUUCUGAAGGCGGGUAUACGAGAUUUUAUAAGGUGAGGCUCGAUAUUCCAGGGUCAAAAAUCGUACCAGGAGAUUUUAAGUUUGCAAGUAGUGCUGGGAAACGGAUACCUUAUGGUACAGCCGGUGAUUGUUAUUCGUCGAACCGCGGGAACUGUCGGAAAGGUGCGUAAUGCCUGAUUACUAUUGUUCUACUGUAUAGUUGGCUAAAGCAUAGAAUUGAGCAAAAAUAAUAUAGUACAAAACAUAAUCCGAAGAUUACAGCAUCUUGAAACCCAAAAUAUGAGUCAAACAAAACCACUUUCUUGUUUCACUCAUAUUUUGGGUUCAUGCACUAUAUUUUUUGAAAUUGUCGGCUGGUAUUGGUUUUUGAACAAAAGUAACUUCGCAUUAGAUAACUCCCAUUCCUAGUUACUAUAUUAUUCUAGUUUACGCAAGCAUGGGAUAGAAGAAAAGUAACUUAGCAUUAGAUAACUCACAUGCCUAGUACCAUCCUUCCUGUUGACGAAAUCAUAGGUUUGAACAAAGAUGAUUUAUAAAAUUAUUAUGUUAUAUUUUUUAGGUAGUUUUUCUAUUGAUCUGACGGGGACUGGUAUGAGACUGCAGUCCUCAGUAAGAUGGUCAGUGGAAAGUCGACCUGCCGGUAUUCAAAUGCAGGAUUUCCAAAUAAGAAAUGAAAGUCAAGUCUUGUCAGCCAAGUGCGGAGGAAACUGUGGCAAGUGUAGCCCGACUGGAGAUAUGUUGAUUGAACCGUUACAUUGUG